AUGGCCUCUUACGGCCAAGACUUUGGUGCUGGCGGACCCUACGAGGUAAAGAACACGGGCUAUGUUGCUACCGACGAGGAAAAGAAUCAUUACGAUGUCGGCCCCCGUCAUCCCAGUAUUGUCGGAUCUGUGAAGGCAGUCACCGAUCAGACGCACCGAACGCUCAAGAGCAGACACAUCCAGCUUAUCGGUAUUGGAGGAACCAUUGGUACUGCCUUAUACGUGCAGAUUGGCCGAGGUUUGAUGAACGGAGGACCUGGAAGUUUGUUCAUUGCAUUCUCGUUAUGGUGUACUGUCAUUCUGGCUGUGACGCUCAGUAUCGCUGAGAUGGUCACAUUCCUCCCUAUAUCUUCGCCGUUUAUCCGAUUUGCCGGAAGAUUUGUGGAUGAUGCUUUCGGUUUCGCGGCUGGCUGGAACUUCUUCGUGUUCGAAGCUGCUCUUGUGCCCUUUGAGAUUGUGGCUUGCAAUGUCAUCAUCGGCUUUUGGAGUGAUGUCGUGCCUACAGGCGCCAUCAUCGCGAUCGUUCUCGUGCUCUAUGCCGUAAUCAACAUGAUGGCCGUCAAAUGGUACGGCGAAACCGAGUUCUGGGCCGCCAUCGGCAAAGUCCUCCUCAUCAUCGGCCUGCUCAUCUUCACCUUCAUCUCCAUGUUGGGCGGCAACCCGGAGAAAGAUCGGUACGGUUUCCGCUACUGGAAGAACCCUGGUAGUUUCACAGAACUCUAUGAACCAGGUCAGCUCGGUCGCUUCCUGGGCUUCCUACAGUGCCUGAUCCAGGCUUCCUUUACGAUUGCCGGACCAGAUUACGUUUCCAUGGCAGCAGGAGAGACUGAGAACCCGCGCAAAGUCAUGCCCCGUGCCUACAACGCCGUUUUCUACCGUCUGACCACAUUCUUCGUGCUCGGCUCGCUGGCUGUCGGUAUCAACGUGCCCUACAACGAUCCAGAGCUGAUCGCCGCUUUCCGAGACGGCAAGCCAGGUGCAGCAGCUUCACCCUACGUCAUCGCCAUGAACCGACUCCGUAUCGAAGGUCUACCUCACGUUGUCAACGCUGGUGUCCUCGCCUCCGCUUUCUCCGCCGGAAACUCCUACGUCUACUGCGCGUCCCGUUCGCUCUUUGGUCUCGCUCUAGAAGGAAAAGCGCCCAAGUUCCUCACCAAGUGCACGAAGCAAGGUGUACCUUUCUACUGCGUCUUCUUCGUCCUCUUGAUUGCCCUGCUGUCCUUCCUCCAGCUCAGCGAGAACUCCGCUGUCGUGCUGAACUGGUUCGUCAGCUUGGUGACGGCAUCGCAGUUGAUCAACUUCAGCGUCAUGUGCUUCACCUUUUUGAAGUUCCACAAGGCGUGUCAGGCACAGGGUCUCGAUCGAGACACGCUGCCAUACAAGGGUAUUGGCCAGCCCUACGCCGCAUGGUACGGCCUUGUAUGCACCUUCAUCAUGACGUUUGUCGGUGGCUAUACUGUGUUCCUGAAUGGCAAGUGGGCUGUCGCUGAUUUCCUGUUCUCAUACUUGAUGGUCUUUGCCUUCCCCGUUCUCUUCAUUUUCUGGAAGGUUCUCAAGAGGACUAAGUGGGUUUCACCGUCUGAAGCGGAUCUUGUGACUGAUCUCGCGGAGAUUGAGGAGUACCAUCGUACUUUUGUGGAGAAGCCAGAGACUAAUGCUUUCAACCGUGUCUUGGACAAGAUGUUUGGAUAG